AUGUCGACUUACACCCCAAAUGAAAGCGUCAGCAUGGGUUCAUCAAAAUCGAAGUACGAGGCAGGCCCCACAAAUGCAAUUACACCACCCCGAACGCCAACCACGACAACUUCGUCCGCACAUAAACUAUUCGCCGAGAUUCAAGAGAUUUACGCGGACUUGUUGAAACUUCCAAAUCUCGCUCCGGGAGGGCAAGUCGACGAACUCCUAACACGGCUUGUCGGACUGUGCAUCACACCGCAAAGCGCAGACUUUGUCAGCACUCUCUUCUCAAUACGCGGUGCCAAUGAACUAUAUGAGGAGCUCCGGCCCCUAUGCGCAGCUGCCGAAGGCGAGUUGGAGAAGUUCUGGGCAGGGCGCAUUAUCCAAGAUGCGGAAGCACAACCAACACUCCACAACAUCGAUCGCGACGCCACCGCCCUUUCAGUCAGCAAAACGCUGUGUCAAAAACUCGGCUACGACCGCAUGACAUUCUCGCGCGAAGACAUCACAGCACAAGAGAGCAAGACUAAAUGGGGAGACUUCGACGUAGUAUUCUUGGCCGCGCUUGUGGGCUGCGACACCGCAAGCAAAAUCAGCAUCUUGAAGAGCUUGGCGCAGAAGCUGACGGUCGGCACGUUGGUGGUGGCGAGAAGCGCCAAGGGCUUGAGGGAAGUGCUGUAUCCUGUCCUGGAACUCUCGAAUGAGCUGGAGCGGGAGACGGGACUGGAGAUAUUAGUGGAGGUGCAUCCGUGGACAAAAGUUGUGAAUUCGGUUGUUGUUAUGAGGGUCACGGAGCGAUGAACGCGUUCAGGCUUGUGAGGACAGCUUAAAAAUCAGGUUUGACUGCAAAAGUGAUGAGGCUACGAGGAUGCAGUGGGUCGAGGUGUUGUGGAUUUUGAACAGGAUAUUUCUAGACGACGCCUCUAGACAGCCCGCUAAUAAAGUACCUGGAAGCGAGAACAAUUCUCCUGGAGAGUUUACAUUUUUUAUUCACUACUGAAAUGUU